AUGAAUUUGGAAGCAAAUCAGCUUCUGUCUCAAAUUCCCUGUGCCUAUAUGCUGAUGAAAUGUCCACUUAAGGUGAUAAUAGAAGAAAAGGAAUGGUUCCAUUACUACAAGCCAGGAGACUACUUAAUUACUGGAAUAAUGUCUGGGAUCGGCUCUCGACUGUACCAAUUUUCAUUCUCCAAGCCUCCAACCCACCAACUGAAAAGUGAGAACACCUUCUACCACCUUCUGCCCUUUUUGUUGGCUGUUCAUGAAAUCAACCAGAAUUCAAGGCUCUUACCCAACAUCACCCUGGGCUACAACAUCUAUCAGAACUUUUUCAGUGCAAGAAUGACAUAUGAGGCCAUGAUGGACGUGGUAUCCACAGGGCAGGAGAACAUCCCAAACUACAGAUGUGGAAGACAAAAGAAGCUGCUGGCAGUCCUUGAAGAGGUGGAUUCUGAACUCUUCGAUCAUAUUUCUAAUAUCUUGAGCAUCUACAAAAUCCCACAGAUCAACUAUAGUGUCAUCAACCAGAUUGCUGAGCAAAAUAAACAUUUUCCUUUUUCAUAUCGGAUGACCCCAAACCAAAAACCUCCCUACUCUGCGAUUAUCAAUCUGCUCCUGCAUUUCCAAUGGACGUGGAUCGGCCUCCUUUCUCUGGACAAUGACAGAGGAGAAAAAUUCAAAAGAAGCUUGGAAGCUCUUGCUCUAAAAAAUGGGAUUUGCAUUGCCCUCUCAGGAACCAUCCCAGAAGCAAAUAUGAAGACAGGUGCUAGAGACACCCUCAUGCAAGAAAAAUGGGAAAUGUUCCUUUCCCUUAUCAAGAGUCAAAUAAAAAUUAUAGUAUGCCAACUGGAUUUAAAGGCCACAGGGAUACUAACAUCAGUAAUACAAGUGGUUGAGAAGAAUAAUAUAUUCAUUGUGGGAAGAGUGUGGAUUGCAACAACUUUGACAGCUUUAAGUGUAGGUAUUUUUGACCUCUGGGUUGAUCUCCAAAAUAAACAUGCUUUGUUUUCCUUCCUCAUCCAGACAAAGGGAAGGACUCAGUAUUAUGACUUUAAAUCUUAUACAUCUAUGGUCACAGUGUAUGGAAAGGAAGCAUUCCAAUGUUCCAUUUCAAGUCCUUUGUUAUCUAAGAAAGUUUGGAAAAAAUGCAAAGAAAAAGAGAACUGGGAAUUCCCACCCCAUGAUAUGAUUGCAAGAAUCCUCUCUCAGGAUUCCUCCGGUAUUUCCAAAGUAAUUCAAAAUGUGGCAUGGGUCCUCAGUACUGCCUCUUCCUCCCAACAGAGUAAGAGUAGAAAGCAAGCUGGAUAUUAUGAAUCAUCCCAGAUUGUGCAGCCAUGGCAGCUUCAUAGGUUCCUGAAAAACUUCCAACAUCACAAUAUUUCCAGAGAUGGGAUUUAUUUUGAUGAAAAUGGAGUUCCUCUUGGUGACUUUGAUAUCAUGCACUGGACAUCAUUUUGGGAAAAGUCUGAUGCAGGGGUGAAAAUUGGGAGUGUAGAAAGAGAAGGCUCCUCAGAAGUCAAGAUUUCCAUCAAUCAGAGUGCCAUUCAAUGGCCAACAUCAUUUAACAAAACAGUGCCUUAUUCAAGAUGUACAGAAAGUUGCUCCCCAGGUUAUGCCAAGUUUGUGAGAGAGGGAGCACCAGUUUGCUGCUAUGACUGUUCUCUGUGUAUGAAAGGAACAUUCUCUGUGCAAGAAGGUAUACUGCAGAAACAGAUACAUGCUAACAAUUUUUUUUCAGAUGCCUCCCACUGUGACAAGUGUCCAGAUGACCAGCAUUCCAAUAAGAAGCGAGAUCAGUGUGUCCCCAAAAGUAUAAGCUUUUUAUCUUAUGAAGAAUUGUUGGGAUUCAUUCUGGCUUUCUUUGCCAUUGUUUUGUCCCUGACCACUGCCUUUAUUCUGGGAACCUUCAUUAAAUACCGAGAAACUCCCAUAGUCAAAGCCAACAACUGUCAACUCACCUACAUCCUCCUGGUUUCACUCCUGCUUUCUUUCUUGACCUCUCUUCUAUUCAUUGGUCGCCCCUUGAAAAUGACUUGUUUUCUUCGACAAACCAUUUUCAGUAUUGUUUUCUCAGUUGCUGUGUCUUCUGUGCUGGCCAAGACGGUAAUGGUGGUGGUGGCCUUCCUGGCCACAAAGCCAGGCAGCAGCAUGAGGAAAUGGCUGGGGAAGAGUUUAGCCAACUCUAUUGUCUUAUCCUGCUCUGGUAUUCAAGUAGGCAUCUGUAUGAUAUGGCUGGGAAUUUACCCCCCAUUCCCAGAUUCCGACUUUCAUUCCCAACCAGGACACAUCUUGUUGCAAUGCAAUGAAGGCUCGGUUGCCAUGUUCUACACUGCCCUUGGCUACAUGGGUUUUCUGGCUGCCAUUUGCUUCUUGGUGGCAUUUCUGGCUCGAAAACUGCCAGGGAGUUUCAAUGAAGCCAAACUGAUCACCUUCAGCAUGUUGGUUUUUUGUAGUGUAUGGAUCUCCUUUGUACCCACCUACCUGAGCUCCAAAGGGAAAUACAUGGUAGCCGUGCAGAUCUUCUCCAUCCUGGCCUCCAGCAUGGGUUUACUUGUCUGCAUCUUUAUACCCAAAUGCUACAUUAUUAUCCUGAGACCUGCCAUGAACACCAAAGAAAAUCUGAUGAUAAAAAAUCAAUAA